AUGGAGAAGACUGAAAUGAGUAGAAGAGAAGUGAUUGUAUACAGAGGAAUAUGGUAUGUAAUGACUCUACUCUCGCUCUUUGGCCUCUCCAUAUCACUCAAUCUUCUGUGGCCUCCUGGGGGAAAGUCACCAGCAUUGUCUCGGUUUCUCAGGGACGGCGCGGUGAGUGCAACGACAUUCUAUGCCGUGACGUUACUCAGGUAUCUAUUAUUCACCGAUCCUCCUUCCACUAAUGGUUACAAGGAUUUUACUACACUGAAAGAGAGGUGUCCUCAGCUUCUCUUUGCGGAACUUGCCUUACCUGCGUUACUGACAUCUACGAUAAUCUAUUCGGGGUUCGUGGAUGAUCAUGACGUAUCGUCUGUGUUAUACAUGUCGUUAUUCACCAUAUCGUUGUUCAUCGGUGGAACAGGUCUGAUUCAGCUAUCAGAUAAAUUUAGGAUGGACAUGAAACAUGCUUAUAUCACGCUUCUCUGCGGUUGCCUGUCUUGGCUUUUUGGCAUUUAUUUUUUUAUUUACGGCGGAAACAAUAACGUAGUGUGUCUCAUUAUUAUCAUAGUUUAUAGUAUGUAUGCCAGUUUCAUAUUUAGUUAUAAUUUAGACAAGGAGGAACGCUCUAUGAAUUCCAGGGUUUCCCCUCUUCCUGCUUAA